AAUGAAUUUUUGGAAAACAUUCACAACAAAAAUCUGGUAACAGAUUCCAACUGAAAAUGGAGCCAGAAACCAAAACAGGCGUUAGCGACACCAAAUCGCCGCUUCUGGAAGCGUGGAGGCACGGCGGCAGCGGGCGGAGCGGCCGUCUAAGUCGCCGGAACUCUGUGAACUCGCUCCGCAACGAUUUCAUUUCCAGAUUACCCGAUAAUGUCCAAUCAGCAGUUGACCCUGAGUCUCCCUCCUCUUAUUUUGAUGUCUCCCGAGCUCAGGGUUUGAGCCAAGGACAGAAGGAUUACUAUGAAAGACAGUUUGCUACAUUGAAAUCAUUCGAGGAUGUCGAUUCCGUGGUGUUAUCAGAAGAAAUAGAUGAAGAAGAUCUACAAGAACAAGCACAGCAUGAGAGAGCUAUGAUGAUCUCCAAUUAUGCUAAUAUUUUGCUGCUGGCCUUCAAGAUUUUCGCCACUAUAAAGAGUGGAUCGCUAGCCAUUGCUGCUUCGACCUUGGACUCCUUACUAGAUCUCAUGGCUGGGGGGAUACUUUGGUUUUCCCACCUUGCAAUGAAAAAUGUCAACAUUUACAAGUACCCUAUUGGAAAGCUGAGGGUCCAACCGGUCGGGAUUAUCAUCUUCGCUGCUGUGAUGGCUACUCUUGGCUUUCAGGUUUUUGUUCAGGCUGUAGAACAACUUGUCGAAGCAAAUCCUUCUGAGAAAAUGACCACAGACCAGUUGGUCUGGUUGUACUCAAUCAUGUUAUCUGCUACUGCAGUAAAACUCGCUCUCUGGUUUUACUGCAGAAGCUCGGGCAACAAAAUUGUGCGCGCUUAUGCAGAGGACCAUUAUUUCGACGUGGUAACAAAUGUAGUAGGAUUGGUAUCAGCUGUCCUCGGUGAUAUGUUCGUUUGGUGGAUUGAUCCAGCCGGUGCACUUGCACUUGCAAUCUACACAAUCACUAACUGGUCUGGAACUGUACUUGAGAAUGCAGUGUCGCUGGUAGGCCAAUCAGCGCCACCCGAUGUUCUGCAGAAGCUGACUUAUCUUGUGAUAAGGCACCCUCAGGUUAAGCGUGUUGACACGGUCCGUGCCUACACAUUUGGAGUUCUGUAUUUUGUUGAGGUCGAUAUCGAGCUCCCUGGAGAUCUGCCCCUCAAAGAAGCUCACGCCAUCGGAGAAACUCUGCAGAUGAAGCUCGAGAAACUUGUUGAAGUCGAAAGGGCGUUCGUUCAUCUUGAUUAUGAAUGUGAGCACAAGCCAGAGCACUCUGUUCUCAGCCGGCUUCCCAACAGUGACCCUUGAGGUUUUGCCUCGUCUUUGUGGCUUGCACGCUAUUGCACAUUGCUUCACUCUUAGAGAAAAAAGGGCAUACACAUCAUACAUUACUGUAAAAAAAAUUGCAGGGUGUUUGUGGUCUCUAGCUUUGAAAGAGUUGGUUUUGUGAAUUUGUUGAUCAUUUUGUAAUACAAUAAAUUGCAGGGUGUUUGUGGUCUCUAGCUUUGAAAGAGUUGGUUUUGUGAAUUUGUUGAUCAUUUUGUAAUACAAUAAAUUGCAGGGUGUUUGUGGUCUCUAGCUUUGAAAGAGUUGGUUUUGUGAAUUUGUUGAUCAUUUUGUAAUACAAUAAAAUAUCAUAUUGUAUA